UAACCCUAGCUAGAUCCCGUAUGUUCAUGCAUAUCGACAGUCAUUCUCUCCUUUCAUGACCAUGGAGCGUGAGAAGCCCCACCGGUUUGUGGUCGCGGCCCUCGCGGUCCUCGUCCUGGCCGCCCACAAUGUCGUCACCUGCAGUGCCGGUGAGACCCAGAGCCUGAUCAGGUUCAAGGGCUCCCUCUCCAACGCUACCGCGCUGAGCAACUGGGACAGCUCCUCCGACUCCCCAUGCAAUGGCAACAAGACCGACUGGGCCGGCGUGUCGUGCCUCAACGGCAACGUAUGGCAGCUCAGGCUCGACGGGAUGGGCCUCGGGGGCCUCAUUGACGUGGACUCACUCACCCAGCUGUCCUCUCUCCGCGUCCUGAGCAUCAAGGGCAACGGCUUCGAAGGGCCGAUGCCGGAGGUGAAGAAACUGCCGGCGCUCAAGAUGUUGAUGAUGUCGAGCAACCAGUUCACGGGGGAUAUCCCAGAUGACAAGUUCGACGGGAUGAAGGCGCUGAGGAUGGUGUACCUGGACGGGAACGGGUUCUUUGGGCCAAUUCCGAAGUCGCUGGUGAACCUGCCGAGGCUCGUGAACUUGAGCCUGGAGGCGAAUCAGAUGGGAGGGAAGAUACCGGAUUUUCGGCAGAUGGAGCUGCAGAUGGUGAACUUGGCCAACAACCAGUUCGAGGGGAAGAUACCUCCGGGGCUUAGCAAGAUGAGCCCCUCCUACUUCAAAGGGAACAAACACUUGUGCGGGAAGCCUCUUUCCCCGUGCAAAUCGUUCAAGAAGAUGCUCUUCAUCACCGUCGGAGUCGCCGUUGCACUCGUCGCCUUGGUUGUCAUCGGUAUCGUCAUGUACAGGAAGAAGUCGAACUUCCAUGGGACCCACCACCUGAAGCCUGAAAGGGGAUUCGGGGCCUACGACGCCGGCUUGAGGGACGCCCAGAUAAACGACCAGCAGCCGCAGAUGAAGAAGAGAGGAGGAGAUCACCAAGGGAAGCUGGUCUUUGUUAGGAGCGACCGGGAGAGAUUCGAGUUGCAAGACCUGCUCCGGGCCUCCGCGGAGGUCCUGGGCAGCGGGAGCUUUGGGUCGUCGUACAAGGCAGCGCUGCUGGGCGGGCCCGCGGUCGUUGUGAGGCGGUUCAGGCAAAUGAACAACGUCGGGAAGGAGGGGUUCUACGAGCACAUGAGGAGGCUUGGGAGUUUGUCUCACCCUAACUUGCUUUCUCUAGUAGCUUUCUUCUACAGGAAAGAGGAAAAGCUCCUGAUUUCGGAUUUUGUUGAGAAUGGAAGCUUGGCCAGCCAUCUUCAUGCAAAUCGUAGUCCAGGACAACCCGGGCUCGACUGGCCGACCCGUCUGAAGAUCAUCAAGGGAGUCACAAAGGGUCUCGAAUACCUCUACAAGGAGCUUCCCGGCCUCUCCUUGCCCCACGGUCACCUCAAGUCGUCCAACGUUCUUCUGGACCGAAACUUCACGCCUCUCCUGACGGACUACGGCCUUGUGCCCGUGAUCAACAAGGACCACGCUCAACAGUUCAUGGUGGCAUUCAAGUCUCCUGAGUUCAACCACAGCGACUGCACGACCAGAAAGACCGACGUGUGGAGCCUCGGGAUACUGAUCCUGGAGAUCAUAACCGGGAAGUUCCCGGCAAACUAUCUGAAGCAAGGGAAAGGGGCGAACGCCGACUUGGCAACGUGGGUCAACUCGGUGGUGAGAGAGGAGUGGACAGGCGAGGUGUUCGACAAGGACAUGAGGGGUACGAAGAACGGGGAGGGCGAGAUGCUGAAGCUCCUGAAGAUCGGCAUGUGCUGCUGCGAGUGGAAUGUGGAGCGGAGGUGGAGUUUGAGGGAGGCCAUGGACAGGAUUGAGGAGCUGAGGGAGAGGGAUAGCGAUGAGGAGUACUCUUCCUCUGCCAGUGAAGGAGACUUGUACUCUUCUAGGGCAACGACGGUGGAGGACUUCUCCUUCUCGGUUACCCAUUGA